AUGUCUAACAACGUUGAACUUAUUAACAAUUCAAAUGAUUGGAUUAAAUGGAUUGAAGAUUCCAUUUCUAGAAAGCUUAUUAAAUAUUAUGAAUUUGAACAAUUUUGUAAUAUUCAAGAAAUUGGUUUCGGAGGUUUUGGAAAAGUUUAUCGUGCAAAUUGGAAGAAUUAUUACAAAUAUUGUGCAUUAAAAUCCUUUUAUAAUUUCAACGAUGCUACAGUUAAAGCAAUUGUUCGUGAGAUUCAAUUUCAGCGUGAAGUAGAUUUUCAUGAUAAUGUUAUCCGUUUUUAUGGUGUCACAACUUCCAGUAAAGACGACCAAAGAAAAGAGUAUAUGUUAGUAAUGGAAUAUGCCGACAAUGGUACUCUCCGAAAAUAUUUACAGGAAAAUUUUAGAAAUCUCACUUGGAAUGAUAAAUUCAAUCUUGCAUUCCAACUGGUUAGUGCAGUAUCAUGUUUGCAUGACGAAGGGAUAAUGCAUCGUGAUUUGCACUCCAAUAACGUGUUAAUCCAUCAGAAUACUGUUAAGCUGGCAGAUUUUGGCUUAUCAAAAAGAAUUGAGGAAACAUCAAACUCUCAAUCAAAAACAUUUGGAUUAAUUCCUUAUACUGACCCAAAAAUCUUUAAUAGAAAUACAUCAACAUUAUACUUAUUAAAUAAAAAAAGUGAUGUUUAUAGCAUUGGCGUAUUAUUAUGGGAAAUAUCCAGCGGCCAGCCUCCUUUUCAUGGUAUACCAUAUGACGUUGGUUUGGCUAUAAGUAUUUCACAAGGCCUUAGAGAGGAGCCUAUUCCAAAUAUAUCAAAAGAUUAUAUAAAAAUUUAUACUGAUUGUUGGAAUAUUGAACCUGAUAAUCGUCCAACUAUCAAUCGAGUGGUUGAUGAAUUAAAAGCAAUUAUAACAAAAGAAAACAUAAUUAUUAAAGAUUUUCAUUUAUAUAAUGUCAACAAUAAUGUUCAAUUAUCAUAUGACCAUCAACUGUCUAAUUUGAAUGUUAAAGUUUCUGAAAGUACUAAUUCAUUACAUGGAGACUUAUCUCAACUUAUUCAAAAUUUUGAUAUGAUGGAUACAAAAGAUAUAGAAUCUUCAAUAUCAAUUAACCAAUUUGAGGAUAACUUUAAUAUAAUAAUUAAUAAUAUGUUCAAUUUUUUUCAUGAUGGUGAUGAAGAAGGGAAGCAAAAGGUCUUAAGUUAUCUUAAUGAACAAAAUAUAACUUUGCAAGAGAUUAAGAAUUUAUUAUUAAAUAAUCAAAAUAAUUCGAAUUCUAUUUACUUACUUGGAAAAUUUAAUGAAUUAGGAAUUGGAAUUAGUGUUGAUAAGCAAAAAGCAUUUGGGUUAUACCAAAAAGCAGCAGAUCUAGGAAAUGUAUUAGGAAUAACUGAUUUAGGAAGUUGUUAUAAAUAUGGAAUUGGAACUGUUGUUGAUAAGAAAAAAGCUUUUGAAUUAAAUCAAAAAGCAGCAGAUUUAGGAAACACAUAUGGAAUAAAUAAUUUAGGACAUUGUUAUCAAAAUGGAAUUGGAAUUGAUAUUGACAAGAAAAAAGCAUUUGAAUUAUAUCAAAAGGCAGCAGAUUUAGGAGAUUCAUCUGGAAUGAGUAAUUUAGGAUAUUGUUAUCAAUAUGGAAUUGGAACUGAUAUUGACAAGAAAAAAGCAUUUGAAUUAUAUCAAAAGGUAGCAGAUUUAGGAAACAGUUUAGCUCAAUAUAAACUUGCUAUGAUGUAUGAGAAUGGAGAAGGAAUUGUUAAAAAUAUAGAUAAAGCAAUUUAUUGGUACAAUAAAUCAGCUAAACAAGGAUAUCAAAAGGCUCAGAAUAAAUUAGAAAAACUUAAAAAUAAGAAAUAAAAAACAAUUUGUAUUAACUAAAUUAAGAAACAUGAUAUUAUUACAAUAAUCUUUUUUUUAUUUAUAUGAUAUAAAAUUUAUAAUACUAAGAAUAAACUUAGUCAAAUG